CGAACCGUUUGACGUAGAUGCUUGUAAAUACUUCGAUGAUUUGACCAAGAAAAUUAUUGAAGAAAGAAAGAAGCAAAAUAAACAUGGUACCAACAAUGAUAAAGAACUGUAUUAAAGAAUUUAAAAAGCUCAAAAAGCGCACAGAUUUCAUACAACUAAUGAUAGACUCGGAAAAGUCGGACAAAGACUUGGGUUACGACUCUAUCAGCGAUGCAGAGCAAGAAGAGGACAAAAUAUAUGGUGAAAAACCAAAAUCAAAACCAUCGGGCACUCUAUCACCGGAUGAAAUGGUAGCCCAGGCCAUUUUAUUUUACAUCGCCGGCUACGACACUACCAGCGCUGCCCUAACCCACGCCCUGUACUACUUGUCUGAACACAAAGACUGUCAGCAAAAACUAUACGAAGAGUUGCGAAGUUGUGAUGAGUUUACGUACGAAAAGUUAUCGCAACUAAAAUACUUGAAUGGCGUAAUCCAUGAGACACUACGACUGAGGCCAUCAUUUGCUAAGCUAUUCCGGUCCUGUGUUCAGGACUAUAAGCUGGGAAAUACCGGUAUUACUAUACCAGCGGGAACCGCUGUAGAGAUCAACCUAACUACACUACAACGGGAUCCCAAAUAUUGGCCAAAUGCGGAAGAGUUUCAGCCCGAGCGCUGGUUUGAGCCCAACCACCAUCCGUACGCUUACCUCCCAUUUGGCGCCGGACCCCGACUAUGCAUUGGACAACGGUUUGCCAUUAAUGAGAUGCAAAUGUGCCUGGCUAAAAUGAUACGAAAGUUUGAGUUCACCAUGGUGCCCGGAUUUGAAAUUGAAUAUUUUAGAGGUCAACCAGCCAUGUCGCCAAAAGAGUUGCAAUAUUUAAGACGAUAUUUUACUUAUUGGUCCAGGCAAGGAGUGCCAGGCAAAAAUGGGGUAGAUUUUAGUUUGAUAGGCAAACUUACACACGAAAUUGAUGAACAACAUUUUAAAGAGCAUGGUCGUAUAUACGGCUUGUACGCGUUUACCUACAAAGUCAUUUGCAUCAAUGAACCCGAUUUGCUCAGGGAUAUUUUGGUUAAAGAUUUUCAUAUUUUUCCCGAUCACUUAAACUUCCACCUUGGUAGUUCAAAACUCGAACAAAGUUUGUUUUUCAUACCCGGCAACGAUGACUGGAAACGGCAACGAUCUAUACUAUCGCCUGUGUUUACAUCGGGUAAACUUCGAUCAAUGUUGGAACACAUCAAUCAGAUAUCAGAUAGAUUUAUCCAUAAUUUGACUAAGUUUGAAAAACAAGUCUGCACCGCAUUUAUCGGUCCCACAUAUAACCUCCUAUGGGUGUAUAACGAUAAGUGCACCACUAAUAGCAGAAUCGGUUAUAACAGAAUACCGCAUAUAGCAGACAGUGGUCCGAUAGAUAUGCGCAAACAGGUGGGCGCGUUUGCAAUGGACGUGAUCUCGUGCUGCGCGUAUGGCAUAGACGUCGAGUCCAUGACUAAUCCUAAUCAUCCCAUUGUAUUAAACGCGAGCAAAAUAUUGAGUAGUGAUCCGCGACCGGGAAUAAUAGUGUCGGCGCUGUUCCCGGCAUUUGCCAAACUAAUAGGCGCCGAACCGUUUGACGUAGAUGCU